AUGUCACAUGAACUCAAACGCACGGUCCCUCCCCCGGUCGGACACGAACAAUGCAGGCGGGGUGUAGAUGUUUGCCAGGCCAGAGUUUCCGUAUGUUCACGUCUAUCUAGAUUAUAAGAACGCUCAACGAAAAGGGAGUCUUUGUAACUUCGGUCAGAGUGAAAAAAAGAGGAUGGAAGACCGGAAUUUACUUCAGAAUAUUCGUAGACCACCCAAACUCAGCACACCUGUUCUAAUAAUCUCCAAACUCAUUGCGAUCGCCCUGCCCAUCGCUCAGGUAUCAAUUGGUGCAAUAUAUCGGAAUGACUGUCCAAAGCAGCCCUAUAUCCCCAUCUAUCUGCUGGUGUCAGGUGUGUUUGCGCUGGUGUUGGGCCUGCUGUCUUGCCUGCCAUGCUCUCAGGAACCAGAAGAGGGAACUCAAACUCCUCUGAGCAGUCUGUGCACUGCCUGGAACUCACUGGUGUCGCUCUUCCUCUUCUGCUGGUUCAUCGCUGGUAACGUGUGGAUCUACUCCAUUUAUCAGCCUAGUUACAUCCCUGGCACAGACCAGUAUUGCAAUAAGACGCUGUAUCUGUUUGCUUUCUGGACCACCACACUGGUCUAUAUUCUGCUGGGGAUCGUCUUCUUAGGAGGUUGCUGUAUGUUAUUCUGCAUGUGUUUGUUUGGAAGUCUGGGAUUAAGUAGAAAUGUGGAUGAUGAUGUGUGAGUGACAAACAGUCAACACUGAUGUUACUGAAGUUUAUUCUUCUGUGCACUUAAGCAGUUUCAGGGCUGCUAAUUUUUUUUGCUCUGGCACUAAUUUGAUUUACUGGCACUUCUUGGGUCAAAUAUGAGCUUUUGCACUUUUGAAUAAAGGCCAUUGGCAGUGAUGUAACUCAAAAGGUCUUGUUUACGCAUCGACGGGUGAAAACUCUGUCUGAAUAAUUGCAUGUAUUGGAUUUUGCACUUAAGAAUAUUGUUAAAUGCUCAAUAAAAAAAUAAAAAAAAUAAAAUAAAAAAAAGAUUAAUGAAAUCAUAUAAAAGAUCAUGUUACCCAUUAUUCAGUUUGUUCAUUCAGUCCAUUUUUUUUUUUGUAUAAUCACCACUUACUGUAACUGUAAAAUUCACUGUUUUCCUAGCCAACCAAUUUCAUAGUCGUUCUAGUUUCAUGUCUUUUAUAUUAUUCCAUGGUCUUCGCAAUUUCUUUGCAUACAAUAAAAUAAUUCCAACUCAAAACAAUAAU